UCCACCUUUAUUUGUGGGAGCGCUGCGGUCUCGUGCACACUCUCCGCUUCGCUCCUCCUGCGCGCUCCCGCCCGGUCCUGCUCAUCUGACCCGUCCUGAUCCCGGUCCCCGAGGGGACAGCCCGGACCCGGUGUCCUCACCGCAACACGCACAGAAUUACUGAGGCAGAGUGACAGACUGCAACAUGUCGGUCUGUACUCAGCUGGGUCUGCUGCUAUGGAAAAACUUCACCUACAGAAGAAGACAAACAUUGCAGCUCCUGGUGGAAAUCGUCUGGCCACUCUUCAUCUUCUUCAUCCUCAUCGCUGUGCGGCUCAACUACCCUCCAUACGAACAGCAUGAGUGUCAUUUUCCCAACAAGGCGAUGCCAUCAGCUGGCACACUGCCGUGGAUUCAGGGAAUUCUGUGUAAUGCCAACAACCCCUGCUUCCGUAACCCAACGCCGGGCGAGUCCCCAGGCGUGGUGGGCAACUUCAACGACUCCAUAAUUUCUCACCUGUUUUCUGAUGUGAAGAAGAUUCUUCUCUACAGUCAAAAUGAUAAAAACCUGGAAGGGUUCAAGGACCUGGCCGAAGCUCUGAGGGGCCUGCAGGCGUCCCGCUCAGGCUUUAAGCUGAAACAUUUCCUGCGAGACGAUGAGACUCUGUCCAGUUUCCUGAGAAACGCUUCGUUCCCUGAAAAUAGCGUCAAGCUCAUCAUAGAGGCGGACGUCAACCUGGAGAAGGUCCUGCUGCAGGGGUUUGGGGUACACCUCAGGGAUAUGUGUCCCAGAAAGGGAGGCAUCCGGAGUCCGAACGACUUCGUGAGCAUCUCGGACCCCCAGGUGUCGCUGCAGGUGCAGGAAUUCAUCUGUCAGGCGCCGGUCAGCUGGCUGAACCACGCCGAAGAGCACUUUUUGAACAACCUGGACUUCCUGAAACCCAUCCAGCGAGACGUCAGGGCAGACCCCGAAGCCGUCCAACACGUCGCCAAGGCAACCAACAACCUGCUGAACAGUUUGGGUUCACUGGCAGUUGAGCUGGCCAGUAUGAAGAGCUGGAUCAACCUGAGGAAUGAGAUCGUCUUCCUGACACACAAUGCCACCUCCUCGCCCAGCGCCAUGUACCAAGCCAUCUCCAGGAUCGUGUGCGGUCACCCCGAAGGCGGAGGCUUGCAAAUAAAGUCCCUCAACUGGUACGAAGAUAGCAACUACAAGGCUCUGUUCGGGAACCACAACAGCAGCGAGGACGAGCCCAUGUCGCUGUAUGACAACUCCACCACUCCAUACUGUAACAGCCUGGUCCGGAACAUGGACUCAAACCCAAUGUCAAGGAUGAUCUGGCAGGCAGUGAAGCCUCUUCUCAUGGGAAAGAUCCUUUACACGCCACACACACCGGCCACCCAGAGGGUCAUCCACGAGGUAAACCGGACCUUCCAGGAGCUCGGUGUGUUCAGAGACCUGGGCGGGAUGUGGGAAGAGAUGAGGCCCAAAGUGUGGAACUUCAUUGAGAACAGCGAACAGAUGGAUCUGAUCAGGAGUCUGCUGAGAAACAACGUCACAGCUAGGUUCUUCCACGCUAAGCUAUCCAGCACCGGCUGGACCGUCGCAGACAUAUCCAGGUUUUUAUCCAAGCAGCCAGUUGAUCGGCAUCACCAAGACAGCCCCGUCACCUGGAGGGAAGUGUUCAAUGAGACCGACGAGGCCAUCAUGAGCAUCUCUCGCUUCAUGGAGUGUGUGAAUCUGGACAAACUUCAUCCGGUGUUGACUGAGGAGCACAUGGUGAACGAGUCCAUGGGGCUGCUCGAGGAGAGAAAGUUCUGGGCCGGCAUUGUGUUCCCCGAUGUGCCGCCAAACGCCACCGAGCUGCCGCCCAAACUCAACUACAAGAUCCGCAUGGACAUUGACAACGUGGAGCGGACCAACAAGAUCAAAGACGCGUACUGGGAUCCAGGUCCUCGUGCUGACCCCUUUGAGGACAUGCGUUACAUCUGGGGUGGCUUUUCGUACCUUCAGGACGUCAUCGAGCAUGCCAUAGUCAGAGCGGUGACAGGAACCAAAGAGAAGACUGGAGUGUACAUCCAGCAGAUGCCGUACCCUUGCUAUGUGGAUGAUAUAUUCCUGCGUGUGAUGAGCCGCUCCAUGCCGCUCUUCAUGACUCUGGCUUGGAUGUAUUCGGUGGCCAUCAUCCUGAAGAGUGUGGUGUAUGAAAAGGAGGCGCGUCUGAAGGAGACCAUGAGGAUCAUGGGACUGGAUAAUGGCAUCUUGUGGUUCAGCUGGUUCAUCAGUAGCUUGAUUCCUCUGUUGAUCAGUGCUGGACUGCUGGUACUUCUACUCAAGAAAGGGAACCUGCUACCGUACAGUGACCCUGGCGUGGUGUUCCUGUUCCUGGGCUCCUUUGCCGUGGUGACCAUCAUGCAGUGCUUCCUCAUCAGCACAGCAUUUGCCCGGGCCAACCUGGCAGCCGCCUGCGGGGGGAUCAUUUACUUCACGCUCUACCUGCCCUACGUGCUCUGUGUGGCCUGGCAGGACUAUAUCGGCUUCGGGGCCAAAGUGUUUGCGAGCCUUCUAUCCCCAGUGGCAUUCGGGUUCGGCUGUGAAUACUUCGCACUGUUUGAGGAGCAGGGAGUCGGGAUCCAGUGGAAGAACCUGGUGUCAAGUCCUCUUGAGGAAGAUGACUUCAGUCUCCGAACCGCCAUCCUCCUCAUGUACUUUGACUCUUUCCUGUACGGAGUCCUUACCUGGUACCUCGAGGCUGUGUUUCCAGGUCAGUAUGGGAUCCCACGGCCCUGGUACUUCCCUUUCACCAAGUCUUACUGGUUUGGAAAAAAAGAUGGAACGUCCAGCAAAAUCCCUCUGAACCGCAAAGGAAACCCUGGAGCUGUUUGCAUUGAAGAAGAGCCGGCCCAUCUGGAGCCUGGAGUUUACAUACAGAACCUGGUGAAGGUUUAUCGACAUGGUAAGAAGCUGGCAGUAGAUGGCCUGACGCUCGGCUUCUAUGAGGGACAGAUCACCUCCUUCCUUGGACACAACGGAGCUGGAAAAACCACCACCAUGUCCAUCCUGACCGGCCUCUUCCCACCUACCUCUGGCACCGCCUACAUCCUGGGCAAAGACAUACGGACAGAGCUGAGCGCCAUCCGUCAGAGUCUGGGAGUCUGUCCGCAGCACAAUGUCCUCUUCAGCAUGCUGACGGUGGAGGAACACAUCUGGUUCUAUGCGCGGCUAAAAGGCUUGUCGGAGGAGCAGGUGAAAAAUGAAAUUGAGCAGAUCCUGCAUGACACGGGGUUGCCCCAUAAGCGCACGUCCAGGACCAGCACUUUGUCAGGAGGUAUGCAGAGGAAGCUGUCUGUGGCCCUGGCCUUCGUCGGAGGGUCAAAAGUUGUGAUCCUGGAUGAGCCUACAGCGGGCGUCGACCCCUUCGCCCGUCGUGGAAUCUGGGACCUGCUGCUGAAAUACCGACAGGGUCGGACGAUCAUCCUGUCCACACACCACAUGGACGAGGCGGACAUCCUGGGUGACCGCAUAGCCAUCAUCUCCCACGGAAAGCUGUGCUGUGUCGGCUCAUCGUUGUAUCUGAAGAACCAACUCGGAACAGGCUACUACCUGACACUGGUCAAGAAAGACCCAGAACCAUCGCUCAGUUCCUGUAGGAACUCCUCCAGCACCGUGUCCUUCACCAAGAAGGAGGAGGAGGAGGAGGAGGAGUGUGGUUCCGUCAGCAGCAGUGAUGCGGGACUCGGCAGCGAACAUGAAAGUGAGGCCACCACCAUCGAAAAUGGCCCAGCUGCCUCCAUCUGCACGGUUCCUUUCGUCCCGCCGGACGUGUCCCUCGUCUCAAGCCUGAUCCUGCGCCAUGUGCCAGCUGCCCGUCUGGUGGAAGAUCUGGGGCACGAGCUGACCUACGUCUUGCCUUACAGCGCUGCUAAGGAUGGGGCCUUUGUGGAGCUCUUCAAAGACCUGGACCUUAAGCUAACCGACCUCGGCAUCUCCAGCUAUGGGGUGUCUGACACCACGCUGGAGGAGAUUUUCCUCAAAGUGGCUGAAGAUAAUGGAGUUGACACUGAAGUACCCUCAGAUGGCACUCUGCCCGUCAGAAGGAGGAGGAGGACCCACGCCUUCGGUGGAGGAGACCAUCAGAGCUGCCUGAGACCUUUAACAGAGGAUGAUAACGAUUGCAAUGACUCUGAAGGAGACCCAGAGAGCAAAGAGACAGACUAUCUGAACUGUACGGAUGGCAAAGGAUCCUCUCAGGUGAGCGGCUGGAGUCUGAGGCGGCAGCAGUUUGUGGCUCUCAUGUGGAAGCGAUUCCUGUAUGCACGACGAUCCCGGAAGGGUUUCUUCGCUCAGAUCGUCCUGCCCGCUCUCUUCGUCUGCAUAGCAUUAGUCUUCAGUCUGAUUGUGCCCCCGUUUGGAAAGUACCCCAGUCUGGAGCUACAGCCUUGGAUGUAUGAGGACCAGGUCACCUUUAUCAGUAACGACGAACCAGCAGACCACACCAUGCAGCAGCUGUUGAACGCUCUGCUGGACCCUCCAGGCUUCGGGACACGCUGUAUGGAUGGACACCCAAUCCCUGAGGCUCCGUGUACCAUGGGUGACGAGGACUGGAGUACCCCUGAGGUUCCCGAGAGCGUCUACGAGCUCUUCAAUUCCAGGAACUGGACAAUGGACGAUCCGUCCCCUGCCUGUUUCUGUAGCUGUGACGGCAAGAAGAAGAUGCUGCCAGAUUGUCCAGCGGGGGCUGGAGGUCUGCCGCCCCCCGAGAUGAACCUCAGCGCCAACGACACCCUGCAAAACCUGACUGGAAGGAACAUCUCUGACUACUUGGUGAAAACCUAUGCACAGAUCAUAGGCAAGAGCCUGAAGAACAAAGUCUGGGUGAAUGAAUUCAGGUACGGAGGCUUCUCAUUGGGCGCCAGGAGCACUCAGGUUCUCCCACCAGCCGAUGAGGUUGAUGACGCCAUCGAGAGAGUCCGCAAGAUUUUUGAGUUACAGAAAGGAGCUGCUGCCGAUCGAUUCCUCGCCUCUCUAUCCGGUUUCAUCAAUGGGCUGGACACAAAGAACAAUGUGAAGAUCUGGUUUAACAACAAAGGCUGGCACAGCAUCGGAGCCUUCAUCAAUGUGAUGAAUAACGGCAUCCUGAGAGCCAACCUGCCCCCGGGCAGCGACCCCAGCAAGUACGGCAUCAGCGCCUUCAACCACCCUCUCAACCUGACCAAGGAACAGCUGUCCCAGGUCGCCCUGGUAACGACGUCCGUGGAUGUGCUGGUGUCCAUCUGCGUCAUCUUCGCCAUGUCCUUCGUCCCGGCCAGCUUUGUGGUCUUCCUCAUCCAGGAGCGAGUCAGCAAAGCCAAGCACAUGCAGUUCAUCAGCGGCGUGCAUCCGCUCCUCUACUGGGUUGCCAACUUCAUCUGGGACAUGUGUAACUACAUCGUCCCGGCAACGCUGGUCAUCCUCAUCUUCGUGUGUUUCCAACAAAACGCUUACGUGUCUUCCACCAACCUGCCGGCUCUCGCUCUGCUGCUGCUACUCUACGGCUGGUCGAUCACGCCUCUCAUGUACCCAGCGUCCUUCUUCUUCACCAUCCCGAGCACGGCGUACGUCGUCCUCACCAGCGUCAACAUCCUCAUCGGCAUCAACGGCAGCAUCUCCACUUUUGUUAUGGAGCUGUUUGGAAACAACGAGAUCGGAGGGAUUAACGACAUCCUGAAGAACGUGCUGCUCAUAUUCCCACAUUUCUGCCUCGGACGAGGACUCAUUGACAUGGUGAAGAACCAGGCGAUGGCUGACGCCCUCGAGAGAUUUGGUGAGAACCGGUUCCGCUCUCCUCUGGAGUGGGACAUGGUGGGUAAGAACCUGUUCGCCAUGGCGGUGGAGGGCGUGGUCUUCUUCUUCAUCACCGUCCUCAUCCAGUACAGAUUCUGCAUCAAACCCACGCCGGUCAGUAAACUCACCAAACUCGGCCCCCUGGGUGAAGAGGACGAGGACGUCGCCCGAGAGAGACAACGAAUCGUCCACGGCCUCGGACAGGGAGACAUCCUGGAGCUCCGGCAGCUCACCAAGGUGUUUAAGAGAAAGCAGAAGCCUGCAGUGGACCGCCUCUGUGUGGGGAUUCCUCCUGGAGAGUGUUUCGGGCUGCUCGGUGUGAACGGGGCCGGUAAGACCACCACCUUCAAGAUGCUGACUGGAGACACCUUGGUAACCAGCGGGGAGGCGUUCCUGGCUGGGAAGAGCAUCCUGAGGGAGAUCGAUGAGGUGCAUAAGCGAAUGGGAUACUGUCCUCAGUUUGACGCCAUCAACGAGCUGCUGACGGGACGAGAGCAUCUGGAGCUGUACGCCGUCCUCAGAGGAGUCCCCGAGAAAGAAGUCUGCGACGUUGCAGAGUGGGGCAUCAGGAAACUCAGUCUGCUGAAGUAUGCUGAUAAAGCAGCAGGGAGCUACAGCGGAGGAAACAUGAGGAAACUUUCCACUGCCAUGGCGCUGAUCGGAGCGCCCCCUGUCGUCUUUCUGGACGAACCCACCACUGGCAUGGACCCCAAGGCCCGCCGCGCCCUCUGGAACUGCAUCCACAGCGUCAUCAAGGAGGGGCGCUCCGUCGUCCUCACCUCACACAGUAUGGAGGAGUGUGAGGCUCUGUGUACUAGGAUGGCCAUCAUGGUCAACGGCAGGUUCAGAUGUCUCGGCAGUGUCCAGCAUCUGAAGAACAGGUUUGGUGACGGGUACACCAUCAUCCUGCGGGUAGCGGGACCCGACCCCGACCUGCUGCCCGUCAUGAAGUUCAUUGAGAGCGAGCUGAGCGGCAGCACGCUGAAAGAGAAGCACCGCAACAUGCUGCAGUACCAGCUGCCGUCUUCCCUCACCUCGCUCGCCCACAUCUUCUCCAUCCUCGCCAAGAACAAGGACAUGCUGAGGAUCGAAGAUUACUCCGUCACCCAGACCACCCUGGACCAGGUUUUCGUUAACUUUGCCAAGGACCAGAGCGACGACUAUCACUCCAAAGACAACUCGGUGCGGCGAAAAGACGUCGCCAUCGACUUGUCGACGCUCAACUCUGCCCACGGCGCCGCCAGAGAGGGAGGCAGGCCGAGGGAGAGUGUCAUGUGACCGACCCCAUCACGUCCUGUGACGCACACCCAGACUCGACCCGGUCUACCGUGACGUCUCACGCGGUGGGCCGGGUCACCUGCUGCCUUAUGCCAGUCAAUGCAAGGGUCUUCCUGUGGGGGCAAAGCCACCAAAAAGACUUGAACUUCUGACCUCCUCUCAUCUUCCUGAUUGAUGCAUCUGUUUGUAGAACGAUGAAGAAUUAUUCUUAAAAAAAAAAAAAAAAAAAUCCUGAUUCCUUUUUACUGUCCCACUUUUAUUUAUACAUGUAGUUGGAACAGGAAGCU